CAUAAAUGCAGCUCUCCGACUAGAAUUGUGUUCUAACACGCCUAAGGCUCACAAUCACGACUCUCUUUUCUCCCCAGCUUUCCUCUCCGCCCGGGCUUGUGCUGCGCACCAAAUGUCUUUUGAUCUCAACACGAAAGAGCUGUCUUUUCUUUGGUGUGCGUUCGGGUUAAUGAGCAGGGGGAGACUGUGGUGUUCACAAAGCAUCUUGUUUAGGCAUUGGACUUGACAGUUAAUUCUCUCGGGUCCCUUUUUGUGUAUUUUUUUUAGUUGUUGCCUCUGAUCUAUUCUUGGAGUUAUUAUUUUUUAUUUUAUUGUUGGAAUAAUAUCCACUGCUUGUGGUUAUACCAUCCAUCAAAAUUCAAAGAUCAUUUGAUAGUUGGACGCUGUUUAGUAUUUCUUCAUGGGUAAAAUGUCACUGCCGCCUGGGUUUCGGUUUUACCCUACUGAUGUUGAGCUUAUUAAGUAUUAUCUGAAGAGGAAAGUAAUGGGUAAGAAGAUUUGUUUUGAGAGCAUUGCUGAGCUUGACAUAUACAAGCAUGCUCCUUGGGAUCUACCAGAUAAGUCUUGUUUGAGGACUGGGGAUCUUAAAUGGUACUUCUUUUGCCCAGUGGAGAAGAAAUAUAGAAGGGGGGCUAGGUCUAAUCGUGCCACUGAAUCUGGCUAUUGGAAAACCACAGGAAAGGACAGGCCGGUUCUUUACUAUCAGGAAGUUGCAGGGAUGAUUAAAACUUUGGUUUUCCACACUGGUAAAGCUCCAAAGGGUGAGCGGACUGAUUGGGUGAUGCAUGAAUACAAACUUGAAGACAAGGAUCUGGCUGAGAAAGGGGUUGCUCAGGAUACAUAUGUGCUUUGUGUUAUUUUCAAGAAGGAUGGUCCAGGCCCAAGAAAUGGCGCCCAAUAUGGAGCACCAUUCAGAGAGGAAGACUGGAUUGAUGAUGAAUGUGAUUCUGAUCAUGUUGUCUACUCUGCUGCCCUGCCUACACCAGCCUAUGUUGAUCCUAUUCAUCUAGUUGGUUCUGUUGCAACUACCUCUUCUGUCCCUAAAGGCCUUCUGUCUACACCAGCCUCUGUAGAUGCUGUUGAUCAAGUUUCUUCUCUUGUUACUUCCCUUUCUGCACCUGAGAAUCUUCUGUCUACACCAGCCAAUGUUGAUCCUAUGCAUCUAGUUGAUUCUGUUACAACAACCUCUUCUGUCCCUAAGAACCUCCUGCCUGCAACAACCUCUGUUGAUGUUGUUCAUCAAGUUGGUUCUUUUGUUACUUCCCCUUCUGCACCUGAGAAUCUUCUGUCUACACCUGCCAAUGUUGGUCCUAUGCAUCUAGUUGGUUCUGUUACAACAACCUCUUCUGUCCCUCAGAACCUCCUGUCUACACCAACCUCUAUCGAUGAUGUUUAUCAAGUUGGUUCUUUUGUUACUUCCCCUUCUGCACCUGAGAAUCUUCUGUCUGCACCAGCUUCUGCAGAUCCUAUUGAUCAAGUUGAUUAUACUGCUUCCACUUCAUGUGUGCCCAAGAACCCCUUUCUGGAGUUACCAUCAGCAUAUAAGGUGUCUCCAGCGGCUCCUACUGUUAACAAUGCUCUCAUGUCUAUGGAGGAUACUUGGAUUCCGGGUGACAAUAUGGAAGCACUGUUGGCAAUGCUCUCAGAAGAUUUCUCCUUGGAGCCAAUGGUUCAUGGUCCAUUCAAUCAUGUUGAAGCCAGUUCUUCUCCUGGCCUGUCUAUCCCUGUGAAUCAUGUCAAUUAUGUUGCUUCUAGCCCAUAUGCUGCUGAGAACCCUGUAUCAACAGCUGAUAUUCUUUGUCCAUCGGCUUCCAAUGUGCCUUCUAUGGAUCCUGGUGCUAAUAAUGGUUCUACAUUGAUGAAUGUUCCUAGUCCUCUGGCUUCAGCUGAUGAUGAUAUGGAGUCAUUGUUGGCAAAUUUUUAUGAGGAUGGCACUUUCAGUUGCGUGCCAUAUCCUUUUAUGAUGUAAUGUGAUGUGGACUUGUUUUAGUUUCUGGACCUUUUCUUGAGGUUUAUUUCUAUUAUUAUCUGAAGAAUCACUUUGAUUCUAAACCGCUGAAGAAUUUCAAACUGUAUCUUUUGUUUAAUAGCAUUUCUUUGAUAAAAUUGCAUUUGUGUU